AUGGGAGCUUCACGCAGUGUUCUGCUCCAGCUGUAUACAGAGCUGCUCCUGCAUUUGGCUCCUAGAGGAGCAAGGAAGGCCCUGCUUGGAAAAUGUAAGUUCUCUGAGAGCAGGAACAUUGUGGGUUUUGAUCAUUACUAUAUCCAAGUGCGUAGCCCAGUGCCUGGCACUAUUGUGUAUUUGCUAAAGUUGCUCUGGGUCCUUCUGUUGGCCACCAUCGUGGGGCUUCUGCUCCAGCGCCUUGCAGCCAGACUGGGAGUGGUCACCGGGCUGCACCUCGCAGAAGUAUGUCACCGUCAGUAUCCCAAGGUCCCACGAAUCAUCCUGUGGCUGAUGGUGGAGUUGGCUAUCAUUGGCUCAGAUAUGCAGGAAGUCAUUGGCUCAGCCAUUGCCAUCAAUCUCCUGUCUGUAGGAAGGGUUCCUCUCUGGGGUGGAGUCCUCAUCACCAUUGCAGAUACAUUUGUAUUUCUCUUUUUGGACAAAUAUGGCUUGCGGAAGCUGGAAGCAUUUUUUGGCUUUCUCAUCACUGUCAUGGCCCUCACAUUUGGAUAUGAGUAUAUUACAGUGAAACCCAACCAGAGCCAGGUACUCAAGGGCAUGUUCGUGCCAUCCUGUUCUGGCUGUCACACCCCACAGAUUGAACAGGCUGUGGGCAUCGUGGGAGCUGUCAUCAUGCCACACAACAUGUAUCUACAUUCUGCCUUAGUCAAGAAUUUUUAGUAAGGAAAAAAUGUUUAAAUGGUUUUGGGAGAUGCAAGGACCAAUGCAAUGCAGAUGAAAAGGAUAUACAGAAAUGCAAGAAGAAAAAAUGUUGCAUUGGACCAAGAGUGAUCCGGUUGAUAGAUAUCUACCUGCAGAAACAAAUACCCCAUGUACCUACUGAAGACAUUAUAGAAAUGCUAAUCAACAAGAAUUUUAGUAUUGCAAUGGAAAGAAACUAUAUUUUACCUGUUCUCACCAAAAGUAUUGGCCCUUCCCCCGAUAUCGACUCUGA